UGGAUGUUACGCGCGCCGUUCUGUUUUGGCGGAUCGUCUCUCGCACUGUGUUGCUGCCGAUUGCCUGGUUGUUUGUGUUGUAGGUUUGGGCCAUUUUGCGGUGUAGCGAAAGUUGUUGGCAGUGUAGGAGUGGACAGUUAUUUUAAAGUUUCUGGCUACCGAGAUUUGAGGGUUGGUGUGUGCUAUGUCUCAUGUGCGCGCGUUACUGUUGGUUGUUCCUCCCCAGGAACGUUCAAGUUGACGUUGCAAUUUACUGAGGAUUACCCGAAUAAGCCUCCCACAGUGCGCUUUGUCUCAAAGAUGUUUCACCCUAACAUAUAUGCGGACGGUAGCAUCUGCUUAGAUAUCCUGCAAAAUCAGUGGAGCCCGAUCUACGACGUGGCAGCGAUUUUGACUUCGAUUCAGUCUUUGCUGUGCGACCCAAACCCGAAUUCACCAGCGAACUCGGAGGCUGCCCGCAUGUACAGCGAGAAUCGGCGUGAGUACAACCGGAGGGUACGCGAGAUCGUGGAGCAAAGCUGGACAGCAGAGUGAACGAAGGGAGUUCGAACUGUCGCUGGUUUUCCAUCAUCCGUUCGAAGAGAAAGGUCUAUUUUGCUGGGGUUGUUGGGAAGUUGAACCUGAAGAGGGGAGGGAGCGGUCACAGGAUCGCAAGCUGGAACUUCCGAGCUCCACCGAGUAUCGCGUUAUUACUCUUUGUUGGGAAGAACUCUUGAGUUGGAGGUUUAGGAUUUUUUAUGUUAAUUCUAAUAUGUGCAUAUACUGUUGAUUUUUGAAUGUGUAAUAUAUAUGUCUUGUGGUUUGAUGAA